CUUUUCUAUCAUUUAUACAUGGACAAGCCACGUUGAAAAUGUCGACUUGGUCACCUUCAUCUGUCCACUCUCUCACCAGGAUUCUAGGCGUUGUCCACUAACUCUUCAAUCUGACCCAUCGCCAGCCUGCAAGUCGAUUACCCACCGUCUCGUCCCUGAAAGCGAGAUCAUAGUCUCUCCCCUCCCAUUCACCUUUCUAUUGACAUAAAUGGCCGACUCAUACGGUGGAGGUGGUCUCCUUUCUCCUCCAGUAUCAGCAUCUUCACCUGCGCCCAGUGCGGCUUCUGUUCCACAGCGAAAUACGCGCCUCCCCAUACCUCGUGUACAUCCGCUGCGGCCUGGUUCGGCAAAGGAGAUUGCCUUGAUCAAUUAUCUGGAUGACAAGAUCCUCAGAAUCACCCGAAGAUACGCCAAAAAGUUCAGCAAUGAGAACCAGGAUAUGGAUAACACUCCAGGGUACACCACAUAUGACCAAUUCGUCUCAGAUGUCGAUCCACUCGUUGAUAUUGUCUGGAUCAGCGGUACACCCACAAUCCAAAUCCCUUAUCUACUUUCCCUUGCGGGAAUGAUCUGUGGCUACUCCCAAGCAUUUCCAUUUUCUACUUCAUUCUUUUCAAUCGUUGCCAGGAUUGAUCAAGGCUUUGCUUCAUUACUACAACCAGCAGCCUCACGUGACACAGAAUCGUCCAUGCAUCACACAGUUUCGAUGACAGAAAAGGUCCGCAUCAAGUCUUUGAUAGAAGAAACUCGCGUCGCUGCGGUUAAUGCAGCCUCUGCAAGUGGUGCGCUCUCCAGUCUUCAAGAUGUUUCCGACAUGGAAACCUACGAUGAGGACAGCGACACUUCCCUCGAGCCCAACGAUGAUCAAGAUACUCAAGAUUCAGGUACACUAUCCAUACAAUUGUCGCUAUCCCGAGUCUACAAGAAAACUUUGGAGAUACUGGGGGAUUCUUUGAUUGACAACACAUUAUCCGUGGACCAUAACCAGUCACCUCCUCCACUAUGA